ACCUACAUUUAUUUAACUUUUGUUUUUUAUCUCAGCUUCUAGAAAACAGAAAACAAACUCGCGUCAUGAUGCUAAAUGUUUACAUUUAUCUGAUUGUUUUCUGUAUCAUUGGGGAUUCAAAGGAAUUGGAAAAUCUAGCUCUAAAGAAACAUGCCGUUCAGUCCUCGACUUAUCGGAAAGGCUGGGAAGCCGAGAAAGCCGUGGAAGGGAAAAGAUUGACCAACGUGUAUAAAAAUUCAUGUGCUGUAACUCAGACCGGGAAGACUAAUGCCUCCUGGUACGUAGAUCUGGAGAAGAUUGUAGGAAUCCACCAAGUCAGGAUAUACUACAGAGAGGAAAGAUACUAUGGUGCCCAUUACAGAGGACGAUUCGCGGGAUUUUACCUCUACAUAUCUAACGUCACAGACCGACAUAAAGGCAAGCUAUGUUAUCACGCGCUUACGGAAAGACCGGGAUACCCAACCCCUGUCAUGGCUCUUACGUGUGACACGUGGGGCAGAUACGUCAUCAUUUACAAUGAAAGAAAUCCGGAAGUCACAUACCCACCAUUUUAUUCAAAUAUCGCCAUCUUAGAAUUGUGCGAGGUUGAAGUUUACGGAUGUCCUAACACUCUACAGAGUGAAGGGGAAUGUGUGGAUUGUCCCACCACGUGUAAAGAUGGACUCUGCAAUGUAACAACAGGCACCUGUUUCUUAUGUCCCCAUGGCUUUACUGGUGAUUACUGCAAUGAAACUUGCGGACCUGGUAGUCAUGGACACCUAUGUUCUGGUGAAUGUGGAUUUUGCAGAGACGGAGAAUCCUGCAAUCAUGUGACAGGAAUUUGUCUAAAUGGAUGCGCAGAUGGAAUGCGCGGAGAUAAAUGCACUGAUUUCUGUGAACCCGGGACGUACGGACAAAAUUGUACAAAGGAGUGUGGGAUUUUCUGUGAAAGAUCACGUGUUUGUCAUCACGUGACAGGAAAAUGUCAAAAGGGCUGUAAGAAAGGAUUCAGUGGAGAUACUUGCGAAGAAACUGUAGGAUUGACAAUCAGUGUUGAUUUGAUAUAUGGUUUAGUGGGAAUGACCAUAGCUGUCAUCGUGAUGAAUAUUGUCUACUUCACAGUAUUUUUAGUUAGAAGAUUUAGAAGGAAAACUGGCAAGAUCGUAACUAUAAAUUUCAAACAUCCAAAAUAUACAUUUAACAACAAGGCGUUCAAAUCCGGACGUGAAGGGUACUACAACGAUGGACUACAGGAUUGUCUCGUGGAAAAUAUAUACGACGGAUACGAGAACAGCCCAUAAAGUGUUCGACGGAUUAUUCAGGAUAAAAAACAAAUUACGAGUAGAAGUAUAUCUGCGAGGAGAUACAUGUAUUUAAGCUAGCUACAAUAAGGCUAGAGACGUUUAUAAAAAUGUCAGGAAAAAAGGCAGCGAGAAUCCAUAUACUGAGUUUUUUUUAUAUACUUUUAAACACAUGACGUGUAAAUACAAUGAUUGUUAUUAAAUUUGGUGUGUAAACCACAAAUAUGAA